AUGUCGUCCCGCUCGGGCGGGUCCCGCGGCGUUGCCCUGGAGGUGGAUCCUACGCGCGGGAGCACGCAGCUUUCCGCCGCCCUCACCGACUACCCCGUCAAGACGACAGUCUGGGAGGACGGUGCAAAGAUCGAGAUGGAUGCUCAUCUCGACUUGUACCCCGAGUUCCUACUCGACUGGGAAGACUUUGGACCUGACGCUUUUGACAAAUUCGCAGCUCGCACCGCAGCCACACCUCUCGUGGACGGGCUAUCCCCCUCUCAACUCGCGCAGCAUCUCGGCGGUAUGGAGCGCGAGCUGUCCUUCCCUAUGCGCGACAUCCCUCUCAACCGUCAGACGCCUUUACUGAGCAAUUUUGGCUCGAGGGAGUCGUUCAAUCUCCCUGAUACUCUUCUCGACACCGAGAUCGACCUGGUGAGACUGUGUCGAAGCCUGCAGCACUGGACUUACCCGGUGUGCGUGGACCGCUUGCUCAUUGACGAGGGUGGGCACACGGUGUCCAGACUGGACUUGGGCCUGGAUUUGUCCUGCAGCAAGGCCGAACAGAAGCAGGAAAUGGGUCGGGUCAGGAUCAGCGAGAAGAAUUCCACAAGAUCCAAGAUCGAGUUCGUGCCGGAGCUUUGGCUCGAUCUGUCACAGGGGCUCACCGGCUGUAGCUCGGUGGACUUUGAUCCCGCCGCAUACAAGGCUCUCACAGAGCAUCGGCUCGCCAAAGGAGAUGUCAAGUCGCUCCGAAUGCGAGUGGGGGACAUCGUCCCCGUGACCGAGUCGAUCAAGUUCUCGGAAGCAUUCAGCCAAAGUGACGCGCGCCAAGGUGGCGGGAGAACAGUCGACAUGGUCAAGGACGGAAAUGCUUUCACUGCUACGCGGAGAGUCCCAUUGGGGUGGGUAUACAAGGCUACCCUGGCGUUCGGACCGCCCCGCGAGGGUGCCACCAUCUUCAAGUCCUCGAAGGAUUGGACAGAGCUGGACCUUGUCCUGAAGCUGCGCCCAGUGUCGAGGGUGAGCCCCAGCAAGUACGGUGACUUGUUGAGGCAAACCAGGAGAGGCCUGCGGAGUCUGAUCGAGAACAUCUAG